AUGACUGAAGGUUUUGCUUUUGCCUGUAUUCCCGGUUCGUUUACAGCUGCAGGCUCGCAAGCAGCGCCGCCCGCCUCUGCUGUCGAUAGCGCUUCAUAUUUCUUUUCUUUUGAGGCUUUUGACACGGGAAGUGUGCCUUUGUGCGAAUGCACGGGGAUCAAAGUCAAGGAGUUUCAGUCCGGCGGUCAGUGCGACUUGGGGUUUUCGGUGGGGUUCUCCAAAUUCUGCUUCAUCCCGCCGUCUCACUGCGCUACCGUGAAUCCAAUGGAGAGUGCAACAGUCCCUGCUGACGCGUGGUGGGGAGCCGCCAAGACGGGGGAAGAGAGGAGCAACAUCGAGAAGGUGGCUAAACUCCUUGAGCAGGCACCUCAGCCAGCGCAAGCGCCUGCGUGCCACUGCUGGACCCUCGGAGACUUCAUGGUGGCACCCUGCGCUCACCAAGGGUACUCCCGGGGUGGGAACAGCCCUCCUCGCUUCGUUGCCUCUCUCGAAGACUUGUCUCUAGAGAGUCUUUGGGAAGCGCAUGAUGGCAUCCUGCAUGCAGAAAGGCAAGCCUCAGAGGUGCAGGACGCAAUCCAGCCGCCCUCUCGCAUGCAAGCGAACGGUGCUGCGACUAACCACCUGCAGAAGGACCAGACACACGAACUCGCAGCUGGUGAGGGAGGGCCUCAUUGCCACAGGAGCUGUGCCGGCUGUCUAGACUCUGGGCGUGACCGCUGCCUUUCUUGCGUUAAUCAGCUUCCCUACCCUUACAUCCCUCCCCCCACUCCCCAGUUGCCUUUAGACUCCGCCGGUGCGCGUGAGGAGGCCCCCGACAGCGGGGGCCCCCCUCUCGCUCCUGCGCCGCAGUAUCACGCACUUGUAGCGGUCCACCAAGACGGCAGUGGAUACUGCAUCCCCUUGGCGUUCGCUAGUGACGCAUCUGCAGAUCCAGGCGACGCCUGCAUGCGUCCCAGCUCGGCGUGCACGACAGCGGACGGCGAGGGCUCCGGCAGCAGGCACACUCGCGACAGACACUGCCACCCCUCAUGCGCCGUCUGCCGGGCAGACUGCUGCACGGAGAAGUCUGAUAACUGCCUGUCUUGCAAGGGGAAGCGUUGGGCAUUUCACCCAAUCUACAGGGAUGGAACUGGGCAUUGCGUAGACCUUCGCCCUCUCGAGAGUCAAGAGGAUCUCGUUCCUCGGGAGGGAGAGGAAGAAACAGCCGAGGCAGAACACUCCUUAGGAGUCCAAUCGCCAGAAACAAGCACCUUUGCUGCUAUAUUCCAGUCUGUUCUCAGCAGUAUUUUUUCUGUACCUAAUGUGUCAGACGCAGCAAACGCUGCAGAACAUGCGUCCUCUCCGAAGGCAGGCAGUAGUCGGAAGGGUCCUUCCUUUCUGCCAGACCGCUCAGUGUGUGAAUUUUUGCCACGAAAAAUCCAGGAUCUGCCUCUCCGUGCGUGGUCCCAGCUCGUCUUUGUGCAUGCAGACAACAACCUUGAAGAGUCUGCGCUUCUGGAUAUGGAGGAAAUGCUGCAUCCGUGGAGAGGCGAAAUAGUGAAUAGACAAGCCCGAACGGCUGCAAGGGGGCCGGGAACAUCCUCUUUCCCGGUAGGCGGCUCUGCACUCCCCGGAUCAGUGGGUCAGGAGGCCCUUGAAGACUUGUACUUGGUGGUACUGAUUGACAGGAGCAACCAGUCAACGACCACCGACAUGAAUACCGUCCACGCGUGCCCCGAGCUGGAGUACUCCUCACUAGGCGAAGGAGUCAAGCAACUCCCAGGAUCGAGCGAAGUCGAACUGAGCGCACAAAUGGCGUUUGAGCUGCUCCGUAUCCACCUUCGAAACGGACGCCGUGAAUGGCUCCUUCUCCGCAGUCUUGGAGAGGUAGACAUGAACGAUCCGUCAGUAUUGGAGAAUGCAGUAACGCGCUUGUUGGAUAUAUUUCCCUCACGGCACUACGCUGCGAUUCUUUGGAAUCAUGGCUCUGCGUGGGUCGGCUUUGGAGAUGACGACAGCAAUCCGAACAGCCAGCCCAUGAGCAUUCAUGAAAUAGCGCUUGGCCUAAAGAAAUCAAUGGACCCAACAACUCUGACCCGCAAACCGCCCCCACCCUACAGGGUGGCUACAGCGUUUGAGUACGGCACGCGAUUCGUUACCAGUUACGGACUGCACCCCCCGUCCUCGAAUGCACUGACUCUGGCGCUCAUUGAGGUGCGCGGUUUCAACGAAUUCAAGCAAAAAUUCGAAGAACUUCUAGAGGGUCUGUAUUCAUGCGGAGGGAGUAACAUAACGCGCCGCGUGAGACGGGCGCUUGCGCAGACGUUCAGCAUUCGGGGGUGCCGCAUGUUGGGCCUCUGCAGCUGCUACGACUUGAACGAUUUCCUAGCCAACCUCCUGCAGCAGUUUGCCAGCGAUCAGAGCGAACUAGGGAGGACGGAUGUGCAGCCUUACAUGCAUGAACACGAAGCCAGAGGGGUUCAAAGCGCCAGCGCGAUGGAAGCGUUGCUGCGCUUUCCGGGGACGGAUGGUCCCCAGCCAACACAGCCAGGCCUGCACACAUACACCAUAGACAGUAUUGGAGCUGCACGCAGAGCACUAACCGAAAAAGUCAUUGCAGCAAGAGUCCUCUUCAGGAAAAUGAUCGUGGCAGAGGUCGGCAGCAGGGAACCUGGCAGAUACGGCGGAUUGAGCAUUUACUUCCCUGACCCGAACAUGGCAGUGACGUGCAAGGCACAAAGAAGUGCAGCUAGUUGGGCGCGUCGGUAUACCCAUUUGAUUCGCACAAAGUUUUCUUCCUUUGUUGUGUCGGUCCUGUCGAAUCGAAAGGGCAGCGUGUGCUACGCGCCGUGGGGAAGCGCUGGCGAACCUGGAAGUUCCUUUCCCAGCUCUUUGCCUGAAGCAGAUUCGGAGGCAGAGCAAUGGUUUGGCAUACUCUGCAGCAGACUCGUCCAGCCCUUCUCGAACGAGCACUCAGACGCUGCCGUCGGGAUAUCCGCUGUUCUCCCUUCCACAGUGGUGUCAGCCCUUAUGUUCAGAGGCUUUGCGACUGAAGCGGCGAUUCCAGGGGGGGGGAAGAAGGCAACCGAAAUCAUUGUAACAAGCACUGUGCAGGCUACAAUGACGGAUGCGGAGGUUAAAGGGCCGCUGGCAUUUGCGCAUGCCGCUACGCCUUCUGCGGAGUCGCAGGGGGGGGGAAGCAACGCAGCUUCGACAUCCCCCCCCAGCAGCACAGCGCAGCCUUCCCCUGCGGCAAAGCUGCGCAAUUUCACAGUCGUUCAGGGGUGGUGGAGUUCCCACGUGUGGACGCUGAGGCAGCAGCUGCAUCUUGACGAUCCUUUGAAGGACCCUCGACUCGAGAGCUCCCACGCCAGCCGCUCAGGAAACCCCGAAACUUCCACGAUGGAAGCGCUCUUGGUUGCCUUGCAAGAUGGUCUUGCAUCGUCGAGAGCCGGAUCGGGGAAGGUGAGGAAAAGCACCUCUGUGAUGCGUGCUUGGCAGGAAACGACAUUCAGCUUUCCCUUUCUGUUCUUCGCAAACGCCGUGGAAGCCGAGUGCCUGGAAGAUGGGGUGUUGCACACGGAGGAUCUGAGGGGGGGGCAGAGUGCUCUUGGCAGGCGGGGUGCUCCGUCUGGAGGGAUUGCAGGGGAGUUUUCCUCAGUCCUGCCCACGCGCAAGCUGCAGGCAGUCGAAGACAAGGCUGCAGCUUCAGACUCUGUCUUCUUCAGCGUGGCUUCAGACGCAGCGCAUGUUGGUGGCAGGCGUGUCUUAUCGUCAACGGUGCUGCUUCCACUGAGGGAGACUACGGAGAGCUUCGAGAACGACCUUGGCGAUGGGUUUCGUCCUGCCUCGAGUGCAGCAGCAGCAACAGAACUUGGACUGCUGAACAGUCUCGCACAUACUGCCCGCAGGCUGACUGAGCCUCCAGACGAGGCACAGAGGGAAGCGCGUCUCCCUGGCACUGCCUCCCCUGCCCGCCGCCUCUUUACCGCGAGAGCAGGCACCUCGCCUUGGCUUCUCCAUGAGCGUCUUGGUCCUCAGCCUAAGAGGCCUCGUGAUGUGAACUCCCAAUGUGGCAUGCGCGCAUUUCUCUUGACUGAAUGGAAUUCCAAGACAAACGCUGCUUCUGAACCUGUCUUGUACGUGAUCAAGAAUGAAGUCGCUACUGAGUGGCCUCGCGCACAUGGAGGCCUUUUAUUGCCAAUACAGCACCGGCUCAGGAAGCUUAGUGUUCCCCAGCAAGCGUUCCAGGUUGAGCUUCCAAGCAGUCGUUCCGACUGUGGAGGAUCCCCUGCUGGCAUAUUAAGAGGCAUCCUAGAGUCUGAGUUUAUGGCUGCGCAAAACGGGGAGCAAGCGGAUCCGUCGAUAUACUUCCGCAGUCGAAAUUCUGACAGGGCGAAGACACCUCCCGAACAAGGUUCUGACAGCUUGCAAGGUGCCAGACGCUCGUCCACUCUUUGGACGCGACGCAUGCAUGCGUUUCCCAGCGCCUCGAGGGGGCAACUGCCAAGUCGUCAAGCUACGCCAGUAGACUCCUCGGCGAUCGUGCUCGAGGAGACCCUUGCGGAUGUUACUUUCGUCUGGAAUGUGGACUCUGACUUAGGGAGGCUCGCGCUUCAGCGAACGACCAUUUCACAGUUUCUGCGUGAGCGCCAGGCGAAGAAGGGCAGGGCAUUCGAGCAGCAAACUCUUCGCAGCGGCAGCACUGAACGC